CACUGUUCCUACUCGAAAUGGGAGGUUUUUGUAACCCUGAAAUGGAGGCAAGAUUACAUUUUUGCCCUCUUGUAUUUCGUUUCCCCCAAAAUUGACAAGCUGGGAUACAAUAGCUACUACCUACCUGCUCCUCCAAUUGAAUCUGAACACCCAUGCCAUGGAGUAGGAAACUCUAAUUUCAGUGAAUCCUUCUGGAAUUAUUUUGUUUCAGAUUUUGCUACACAGGUAAUUCCCAUCAAAAUACAUGAGUACAUCUUCUGUUCUGUGUUGCUUAUGAAUUAGUAUUUGAUACGUGUAUUGACGAGAUCCUACUUGAGCUACUUGUUAAGGAUGAACUCCUCAAAAACUAACUAUGCCCGAGUGCACAUGAUGCUUGAAGACCUAAUGGUCUUGUACCGCAUUGAGACAACUCUUCUUAUUACUAGAUUUAGACGUGCAAGAAGUGAAAAACAACGACGCAGAAUCCUAGAACACGCUAGGCGGUACAGUGUAUUGAAUAAGAUACCUGACCAGUUGAAAUACAUAGACCGACUUGUCCAUGUAAGUGACGAUGAUUGCAUCUCUAACUUUCGCAUGGACCGAAACACAUUCGAGAAGUUGUGUCGUAUUCUAGCCGGACGUGGUGGUCUUACAGUUGGGAAAUGUCUUGGAGUGGAAGAACAAGUUGCAAUUUUUGUGGGUAUUUUGGCUCACCACAAAAAAAAUCGUUUUGCUCAUUGUGAGUUUCGGCGUUCUGGGGCAACUGUUUCUUAUUACGUACACAGAGUUUUAGGUGCGGUACUUAGCCUCCACAAAGUUCUUUUAUCCAAGCCAACUCCAGUGCCCGCUGAUUGUACCGACCACCGCUGGAAGUGGUUCAAGGGUUGUUUAGGUGCUCUAGAUUGCACCCACAUCAAUGUCUUAGUGAGUGCGGCAGACAAGCCAAGGUAUCGAACACGCAAAGGUCAAAUAGCCACUAAUACACUUGCUGUUUGCGACAGAAACAUGCAAUUCGUGUACCUCUUAUCUGGUUGGGAGGGGUCAGCCGGGGAUUCACGUGUUCUCAGGGAUGCUUUGUCUCAUCCUACCGGCCUGCGGGUGCCCCAAGGAUGUUAUUAUUUAUGCGAUAACGCAUAUGCUGAUAGCAAUGGUUUUUUAACACCUUACAAAGGGGUGAGGUACCAUCUUAAGGAGUGGGGCCCCGGUACAGACGCCCCUCAAAACCCAAAAGAAAUGUUCAAUAUGCGCCACACCAAGGCAAGAAAUAUUAUAGAGCGGGCAUUCGCUGUUCUCAAAAUGCGGUGGGGAAUUCUUCGAAGUGCUUCAUAUUACCCUAUAAAAACCCAAAUCCGGCUCAUUAUGGCGUGUUUCCUUCUGCACAACUUCAUUAGACGGGAAAUGCCAAUCGACCCAGUAGAUUUAGAGCUUGACGGCACAAUCUGCAGUGAAGCCGAAGAGGGAGAAUUUGUAGGUGUAGAUUAUGUUGAUUGCGUGGAGCCAACACAAGAGUGGACUCAGACUCGUGACAAUUUGGCUAUGAACAUGUGGAACAAUCGCUAGUCUUUAAUUGUUGUUUGCUACUUGCUGUUAAACUAUGACCUAUUUUGUUAAUCAAUUCGGUUAAACUCUGCAUUUCAGCACAGCAAAGGAUCCUAACCCGGAUUCAUUGUUGUCUUUGUUUCUGAUUUUUCUUUGUAGCCUUUGUUGGAUUUUCUGGUCCUCGUUUUGCUGGGUGUAGCGAUAGGUAAUUCUUACUUUGUAAUUCUACUACUAUGAUAAGAUGGAUGAGGAUUACUUUGUUUUGUUUGGUUA